AUGUUGGGUUUGUGUUUUUUGGGGGGGGGUGGUUUUGUGGGGGUGGUGUGUUGGAGUGCUUGGUGGGGUUUUGGUGGGGGGGGGUGGGGUUGGUUUGUGGGGUUGGGGUGGGUGGGGUUGGGGAGGUUAGGUGGUGGGUGGGUGGGUGGGGUGGGUGGGGUGGUUGGGUGGGGGGGGGGGGGGGUUUGGGAGGGGGGUUUUGGUAUGUGGGGGUGGGGGGGGUGGGGUGGGUGGGGGGGGGGGGUGGGGGGGGGUUGGGUGGGUGGGUGGGUGGGGUGGGUGGUGUGGGGUGGGGUUAGGGGGGUGGUGGUGGUUUGGUGGGGGAGGGGUGUAGUGAUGGGGUUGGUUGGGGUGGGUGGGGGGUGGGUUUGGGUGGUGGGUGGGGUGGUGGGGGGUUGGGGUGGUAGGUUGGUGGUGUUGGUGUUUGGGUUGGAUGGGGGUGGUGGUGUUUGUGUUUUGGUGUUGGGGGGUGGGUGGGGGGGUGGGGGCUGGUGGUGUGUGUGGGUGGGGGUAGGUGUUGGAAGUGGGGUGUUGUGGUGUGAUGGCUGGUGGGGGGUGGGGGGGGGGGUGUGGGUGGGGGGGUGGGGGGGGGGGGGUUGUGGUGGUUUGAGGGGGGGAGUGGGUUUGUGUUGGUGGUGGGGUUGUGGUGGUGUGUGGGGGGGGGGUGUGAGGGUGUGUUUUGUGGGUUUGGGGGGUGUUUGGGGGGGUGGAGGGGGGGAUGGUGGUGGGGUAGGGGUUGUGUGUUGGUGUGUGGGGUGGGUGGUGGGUUGGGGUUGUGUGGGGGGGGGAUGGGGGGGGAGGGUUGGUUGCGGUGUUGUGGGGCGUGGUUGUGUGUGUGGGGUGUUGCUGCUUGGGUGGUGGGUUUGUUCUGUUGGGAGGUGUUGUGGGGUUAGGUUGGUUGAAUUGUGGUUGUUGGAGUGUUGGGGGGGUUGGGGGUGUGGUGGUGUGGGGGUGGUUGGUGGUUGGGGGUGGGUUUGUUGUUGGGGUGGGGGGGGUGUGUUGGGUUGGUGUUCGGUUUGUUGGUGGUUGGGGUUGGUGGGGGGUGGGGGGUUGUGUUUGGGGGGGGUGUUUUUGGUGCGGGUGAUGGGGUGUGGUGGGGUUGUGGUGGGGAUUGUGGGGGGUAGGUGGGGGGGGGGGUGUGGGGGGUGGGGGGGUGUGGUUGGGUUGGGAGGGGGGGGGGGGGGGGGGUGGGUGGUGGGGGGGGGUGGGGGGGGGUGGGGUGUGUGGGGGGGGGGGGUGGGUUGGGUGGUGGUGUGGUUGAGUGGGGGGGGGGGGGGGGGGUUGGGAGGGUGGGUGGGGGUGUGGGUUUGUGAGGGGGGGGGCGGGGUGGGGUUGGGUGGUUGGGGGGGGGGGGUGGGGGGGGGUGGGGCGGGGGGGGGGGUGGGGUGCGGGGGGGGGGGUGGGGGUGGGUGGGGGGGUUGUGGGGGCUGGGUGGGGGGGGGACGGGUGGGAUGUGGUGGGGGGGGUGGAGGGGGGGGGGUGGGGUGGGGGGGGGUGGGGGGGGGGGUGGGGGUGGGUGGGGGGGUGUGGGUGGGGGUGGGGGGUGGGGGUGGUUUGGUGUGGUUGUUUGGGUGGGGGGGGGGGUGGGGGGGGGUGGUGGGUGGGGGGUGGGGGGGGGGGGGUGUGUGGUGUUGGGGGUGGUGGGGUGGGUGUGGGGUGGGUUGGUGGGGGGGGGGUAUGUGGGUGGGGGGGGUGUGGGUGGGGGGUGGUGGUGGGGUGGUGGGGGGGGGGGGAUGGUGGGGGGGGGUUGGGGGGUGUGGGGGGUGGGUGGGGGGGGAGGGGUUGGGGGUGUGUGGGUGUGUGUGUGGUUGGAGGGGGGGGGGUGUGGUGUGUAUUUUGGUUUGGGGGGGGUUGUGUGUGUGGGAUGGUGGGGGGGGGGGUGGGUUUGGUGGUUUGGGUUGUGUGUUGUGUGGGUGUGUGUGUGGGUGGGGUGGUGGGGGGGUGGGUGUGGUUGUUGUUGUUGGUUUGUGUUUUGGGGGGGUGUGUGGUGUGGUGUUUGGUGGUGUGGGGGUUUUGUGGGGGUGGGGUGUCGGGUAUUUGGUUUGGGUGGUGUUGAUUGUUGUGGUGGGUGGGUUUUGUUGGUUUUGGGGUUGUGUUGGGGUUGGUUGGGUUGUUGGUGUGUGUGUGUUGUUUUUUUGUUGGUUGUUGUGUGUUUUGAUUUUGGUGUGUUUUUUGUGA